AUGGAGCAAGGUUCUGAGCUGUUCUGCUGUCUGGAACCUGAGAAUCUGGUGAGGGGCUGGUCAUUCUCCCUGGAGAAUGUGCCUCCUGUGCACACUCCCCACUCGCCCAGAUUGCAGGGUGAGCUUCUGAAUGCUGGGGUCCCACUAGGCCCCAACACCACCCCCCAAGGUUGGCCAUCGGAGGAGCCCAUCCAUUCUCAGUGUUCUCCCCACUCUGCUUUCUCAGAAUCACCUACAGAGCUUAUCGAUGCAAUGGACCCUGGACCCUCCGAGUCCAUGUGGAUGCCACAGGGCUCCCUGAAGUCAGUAUUGAGUUCUCAAAAGUGCUGA